CACAUGCUGGAGUGGAGUGGAGGAAGAUGAAGAAGGAAGGCAAGACCCGUGAGGUUACUUUAUGAAUGUAGAAGCCUGUGGAAUAAUGCCGAUUUUGUGACCAUUUGCCCCGUAUUCGAACUGAAUCACAAUCGGAUUUGAAGCAGGGAGUGGACAGCUCGACUAGAGAUUUGUUGACAGCUUGAGACUCGUCUCCUACGCUAGCUUUCCAUCUUGAUUUUCUGGGGAUCUCGGUUCAGUCAUGUACUCUUGCCAGAGGCUGGCAUCAAGACUGCACGGCUUCCAUGCUGCUGCGGUUCCCUUGCGAACGGUGUGUCCACAACCCAGACAUUUCUCACCACGGAUAUGUCAAAUUAGCACGGGAGUAGCAAGUCGAAGCGACCUUGCUAAAGAGCUGGAACUUCAGUUGAAGGCAAUGCGAGAAAAGGCUGCAUCUGCGCUACCGGGCAGUGACUGGACACCGUUUGAAAUCAGGAAUGACCUGCCCCCCAAACGAGUUGAUAUCUUGAUUGUUGGUGGGGGUGUAGUGGGGUGGUCAAUAGCAUAUUGGCUGAAAAGAAAGUCAGGGCCAAGGAAGGCGUUGCGAAUAUUGGUUGUGGAGAGGGACCCGACAUAUUCCCAAGCCUCGACCGUGUUGUCAGCAGGGGGAAUACGACAGCAGUUUUCUCUGAAGGAGAACAUUGAACUGUCUUUAGCGUCUCUUGACUUUCUGAGGAAUAUUAACGAGCACCUGGGUGUCUUCAAUGAGGAGCCUGUGGAUUUGCAAUUCAACCACUCGGGUUACCUGUUUCUAGCAAGCGAGAAGGGGGCGCAUAUCAUGGAGGCAAACUACGAGACGCAGAGGUACGCGGGUGCCAAAGUGAAGCUCAUGUCGCCAGCACAGCUCAAAGACAUGUUUCCCUGGAUCAACACGGACGGAGUGGCGCUGGCCUCGUACGGGCUGGAGAACGAGGGCUGGUUUGACCCCUGGACACUCCUGAGCGCACUCAAGCGGAAAGCUCUGUCAAUGGGUGUCGAACAGUGCUUAGGGGAAGUCAGGGGCUUCAACUAUGGAGUUCAAUCAGUAGAGAACAGAGAGUUGGGCCAGAUCCAACUCAGAAGGAUCACACACACAAACAUCCAGAUGCCAAACAGCCUAGAAGUGGUGCCAGUGGAGAGCACCCUUGUGGUCAAUGCAGCAGGUGCCAACUCAGGCAAAGUGGCCCAAAUGGUGGGCAUCGGCCUUGGCUCUCAAACUGCUAUCUCGGGCAUCUCCAUACCCGUGGAGCCCAGGAAAAGGUACAUCUACGUGGUGCACUCUCCAGACGGGCCAGGAUUGGACACCCCUUUCUUGGUGGACUACUCAGGUGUGUACCUCAGACGAGAGGGCCUGGGAGGGAACUACAUCACUGGCCUGUCUCCUGAGGAGAGCGAGGAGCCGGACAUCACAAACCUGGACGUGGACCACGACUUCUUCCAGGACAAGAUCUGGCCCCAGCUAGCCCACCGCAUCCCUGCCCUGGAGAGCCUGAAGGUGACAAGUGCCUGGGCUGGCUUCUAUGACUACAACACCUUCGACCAGAACGGCUUGCUCGGAAUCCACCCCCUGGUGCGAAACAUGUACUUUGCCUGCGGCUUCAGUGGCCACGGGCUGCAGCAGUCGCCUGCCGUAGGCCGAGCCGUGGCCGAGCUGGUUCUGGACGGAGGCUACAAAACGCUGGACCUCAGCGCUCUGGACAUCAAGAGGAUUCUUCAUGACGAGAGGCUGCUGGAGAGGAACAUUGUAUGAGGAGGGGCGUGUGUGUGUGUGUGUGUGUGUGUGUGUGUGUG